AUGAUGUUGGACUCUCCGCCCAAACGAAUAACGCGUUCUCGCGCUGCUGCCAAGGCAAGCGAGUCAACGGUCAAGCAUACUAAAAUUAUUCCGGCCUCAGUCAAGGCGAGGACGACGGGACCUGCGACUGCGAGCACGAAGAGCACAGCGACGAAGCGCAAGACAAGAGCGGACGAGAACGAGAGUGACGCCACGCAGCAAGAGAGAGGCACAAGGAGGACUCCAGCAAACACUGUGCCUUUAAAGCUUGUCCACCAGAAGCCAGAACGAGCUGCAUCAUCGCUUACACCCGAAGCCGCACCAGCACCACCGAAACGGGCACGCGGUCGACCAGCGAAGGAGACAUUGCUCAAAGAAGAUGGGAAAGCAACGACAGCACCGAAGCUCCGUGGUAGGCCAAGGAAGGCUAUGAUGUCGGGGUCGGCUGAAACGGCGACGGAACCGUCAAGGACGAGGACGCGAGGUCAAGCAACAACCGCCAAGGUCGACUCAAUAACAACUUCAGCGAUGACAACGAAAACGAAAGCUACAAUGAAAACGACAACGACAACGAUAAAGGCAAAGUCGGGUGCGAAAAAGACCGUAAAGUUUCAAGAAGGCGACGGAGAUAAGGAGAACGUUCUGCCCAAGCCCAAGGCGCAGGAACCAGCAACGACGGGCAUUCGUUCACGACCUGCCCGUCGCGGUGGUGCACCGUCAGCUCGAGCAUUGGGGGAGGCGUCUAGGGUUGCGUCUGAAAGCCCGGGAUCCGACCAAAUGCCGCCCUUGAGCCCCAGGAAGGUGACGCAGAUGCGCCUAUCUCGGGAUGCCGACGUCUCCGAGGACGAACUUGCGAUGGACAAGGCCGAUACGCCAGUCCAGCACAUGAUGAAAAACCCCAUCAAGCCACGACCGGGAAUAAUUUCUGGCGCCAAGAACAUGACAGAAAUCCCGAGCAGUCGCUCGGAGGCGAUGGCUGCCCUGAAUCCUCCGGGCUCCCCUCGACGCCCUCAAUCGUCGCCGCCCAAGGAUUCGCUCAAGUCCCCCGCCAAGAAAAUGGGCGCGGUGCUGCUGCCUAGGUCGGCCAAAAAACCGCCAUCGUUCUGCAGCAACGAAACACCAUCGUUCAAGACGUCUCUCUUGCAGUCGGCUGCCAAGAGACCACAGUCCCCCAUCAAGAGCAUCAACUUCACCCCGGCCCAUACCGCCAAGCUGCAGCUUGAGCAGCCGCAGUCAUUCAUGAAGAAGACCAUGCUAGGCUCUCCAGCGAAGCGAGCGAUGCCCGGCUUUCCGCCCCUAACCCCGACAGACCCGAGCGACGCCACUGCACUGACUGGUUCCCCACGAAUGAAGCCUCUCACGACGGCUACGUUGCACAUCGGGAUGGUGACAGACAAAGAGUUCUACGACCAAACAGGAGAAGACGAGCCCAUUGAGUCACAGAUGGAGGGCCUCGAGUUCUCAGGCCGCUUGUCUGCUGUCCUGGCCCGAUCCGCCGAUCCUGUGCUGACGGAAAAUGCGAAUUUCGACGGCGACAAGGGAGACGAGAUGGAAUUGGCCAACAGAUCGGCCGAGGCUGUCAUUGCCGAUGAUCAAGCUGAGCGAAAUCCCAUCCCACCUACUCCACAAUCCGUUUCGCGACACUCCUGUGAAGAAGAAAUCGACGACGACGUCGCACUGGAGAAUACGGCUGCUGGUAUGGAAAAGUCUGCAGAGGUUCUGCAAUCCGAAUCUGAGUUCUACGAGCCAAGUGCCGGAAAAUUUACAUCUGGCUUUCCGGUCGCGGGCACCGGCCCUUCUACUCCUGCGCCACCUGCAGGCACGGCUCUAGAGACCUACGAGCCAGGUGCCCGGGUGGGCUCUCUAGCAGAGCAGUCGGAUGCGUGGUCUGGGAGUAUCACUACCAAGAUCUGCAGCGGCACAGUCGUCACCCGUCAUGGUACGUCAAUGGCGGCUAGUGGACUACAUGAACCAUCGGAGGGGCUUGAUGGACCGCUGAUGACCAGCACGUACUUUGAAGACGAGAUGUUGAUUCAUGCCGAUUCAGUCGCGAUGAAGCCAGAGUCCAGCCCUGCAGCCACAGCUCGGGAAGAGUUCGACAGCCAGUUCAUCGACAUCACGACGACUGAUGAGGACAUUAUUGUGGCCCAGGAUGCAACGAGUCUGGAGCCCCAGCCGACUCUAUUCGACGAUGGUUUGUCCGAGGCAAGCCAGGAGUACGGGGAUGAAAACCAGGUUCCCAUGGAUUCAAUUGAUACGAGCCAGCACACUGCUCCAACGACACCUGCUCGGCUGACGUAUAACGGAGGGUUUUCAACCACAACCAAGGUGCCCUUGAAACCGGCGGAUAUGUCGACGCCAGGGGCGAGCAACGUACACAGCCGCAGCGCUCCACGCGCGAGCUCUAUGCAACAUCCACAGUACUUGCCCAGCGGUGCCAGCACCAACUCAUUCUCACCGAGGAAGCGGAAGGGUGGGCGAAGCAGCGCUGUAGGAUUAGAUACCCUAGUUACGGGUACGCCGUCGAGGUCGGAGCUUUGGUCCGGCAUGGGAAACCUGACGCGGACUCCUCGGCGUGACUUGAACCAGGCGCUGCUCAGGGGCGCCGUCGUUUUCGUCGACGUCAACACGACAGAGGGCGCAGAUGCCAGUUGCAUCUUCAUCGACCUGCUGAACCAAAUGGGGGCUCGAUGCGUCAAGUCCUGGGACUGGAAUCCAAACGGCGAGGCCAAUGGUGAAGCGUCGAAAACCGUGUUUGGAAUUACGCAUGUUGUCUACAAGGACGGAGCGAAGGGCACGCUGGACAAGGUCGCCGAGGCAAAAGGCAUUCGCGAGAACUGCUGGCUCGAUGAAGCUCCUUACUCCAUUGACACGGCCCACACCCGGCACGGAACGGCUCGUCGACGCAGGAGCAUUGAUCCCAACGCCCUUGCGAAUCUUCGAGGUGCCAAUGUCGAAAGGGAGCCGCCGCAAGCAUUCGGCACACCGCCUAACCGCCGCGACAGCUCGCUGUGGAUGCACGUGCUGUCGGACAGAGAUGAAGAGGAAGAAGAAGACGGAGACGAAGAUGGCGAGUGGCCCCGCGUGAUACUGACACCGGUUCCAAGGACGCCGGCCCCGGAGGCGGUUGCGAAAUACGCCGCGGAGCUCUCGGGCACGCCCUAUGGAGAGGAUGACGACCAACUUGACUCCUCACCUACGAAGAUGGCUCUUCUGACGCGGACGUGCCCACCAAAGCGAAACCCUCACCCACACAUGGGGCAUGCCAUCUUUGGUGGAGAUAAGGACGACCAGGUGGUUUUGAGACUGAUGGCCGCUCGACGGAAGAGUCUGCAGUUUGCCCCCAAAAUCGGGAGUCCCCUGUCCAAACACUGGGACUAG